AUGCCUCUCCAAAUCGAUAAGCUCUCGGCGCGGAUACUCAGCGACGGCAAAGAGCUAGAAAUAUUCUCAGCCAAUUAUGAUGACGAAAUAACGGCAACAGGUUGGAUCGCCAGCGAGGUUUCGAAGGAAUUUCGGGUCCAGUGGACCGACCAUACAGGCAAACAGAGCAUGACUGUUGAUAUACAAGUCGAUGGACGCCUCGCUCAACAGCUGGCCCACCACCCUUGCAAUACGGAGAGUAUGUGUAUGGGCAUAUACGAAACAGAGGCUUCCAUAUGCCCGUUCAAAUUUUCCGAGUUGAUGCUCACCGAUGAUGAUGCUCUCAUGAACACGAAGAAUACCAGCGAUAAGCUUGGCUCUAUAGAACUCGUGUUCACUCGGUGUGAGGGUUUCAUCGCGGCAACUAAACCAUUUGAGCCAACGGGCCUUGUCGAAAUCGGGCCCAUCCACGAGAAGAGCAAGAAGGCUGGUGUCCACGCUGUCACUCUUGGUGUCCCGCAGGCGAUGCAGCGCAUUGAGUACCGGAAGGCAUUUGGAGCGGAGCCGGAGCCCUGCGCUCGCAUCGUGUUCCGUUACAGACCCCUAGACCUUCUGCGGGCAAACGGAAUUGCGCCCCCGGCGCCGAAGCCUGACCAUCCACCGAAGCGCGGGGCCGAAGUGCAGGAUCCCGAGGACGGCGCUGGACCGAGAGAUCCAAAACGAAGGCGUCAAGAGCCUGGAGUUAAGACUGAGGCUCUCUCCGAUGACGAGGAUGACGAAGAGGACAAGAAUUUGAAGGAGCAACUUGCGUUACUCCAAGACCGCCUCGAGAAGAGGCGGGCCAAGAAGGCGAAGGAAGUGGUCAAGCGGGAGAUUUCGCCCAUCCAUGUCCCAAUCGCGGCAGAUGACGAAGUGAUCGACCUGACCAGCUCGCCUUGA